AAUUAUUUCAAAUUUUUAAUGACAGAAACCAUCGAAAAUCUACGUGACUUUAACUAUUACUAGCUGUCAAAGGAUGUGAAUACUAGUUAUGUAUUAGCUGAAUACAUUUGGAUUGAUGGAACAGGAGAAUAAUUAAGAUCAAAGACAAAAGUUUAUUAAACUCAAAUAAAAAGACUUGAAGAUUUGGAGUGGUGGACAUAUGAUGGGUCAUCAACAGAUUAAGCAGUGACUAGGUUUUCAGAAAUAUAUUUAAAACCAGUUCGAGUAGUAAAGGAUCCUUUUAGAGGAGAUCCUCAUAUUCUUGUAUUGUGUGAAACAUACCUCCCAGAUAAAAAGACACCAGCAAGAUAUAACUUUAGAUGGAUUGCAAAUUAAAUUAUGGAGAAAGCCAGAGAUCAUAAACCAUGGUUUGGAAUUGAAUAAGAAUAUUUCUUAUUAAAAAGGACAGGAACAACACAUUUAUGGCCUUUAGGAUGGCCAACAGGAGGAUUUCCUUAUCCAUAAGGCAGAUACUAUUGCUCAAUUGGUGAAAGGAAUAAUUUUGGAAGAGCUUUAGCCGAGGCUCAUCUAAGAGCAUGCUUGAAUGCUGGAUUAAAAAUUGCUGGAUUAAACGCUGAAGUUGCACCAUCAUAAUGGGAAUUUUAAAUUGGAAUUGCUGAAGGCAUUGAAAUAGGAGAUCAUAUGUGGUUGGCAAGAUAUAUUUUAGAAAGAAUUGGGGAAGAAUUUGGAAUUGAUAUCAACUAUGAUCCUAAACCAAUAUUAGGUGAUUGGAAUGGAAGUGGGGCUCAUUGCAAUUAUUCGACGGUUACAACUAGAUCUGAAGGAGGAUAUAGAUAUAUUGUAGAUAAAUUAAUGCCUAUUCUUAAAGAAAAUCAUCUUGAAAUGAUUAAGUUAUACGGAUAAAAGAACGAGCUUAGAUUAACAGGUAGACAUGAGACAGGAAAAUAUGAUUAAUUCACUUGGGGAGAUGGAGCAAGAGGAUGUUCUGUUAGAGUACCAAUAAUCACAAAAGAAUAAGGAUAAGGAUAUUUUGAAGAUAGAAGACCAGCAGCUAAUAUUGAUCCAUAUUUAGUUUCUGCAGCUCUAGUUGAUGUGACUUGUUUAAACAGUGAGCAUCUUAAAUAAUUGAAUUCAAUUUUUGAAGACUCGCUAAAGCCAUUAGGAUAACAAAUAUUUUAAUAAUAGAAGGAAAUAUUCUAGCAAUAAAAAGAAUGAAAAUAUCGUUAUUUUGUGUUCAAUUUUAAAAUAUUUUAGUUGUAUAAA